AUGGAAGAGAAGGAGGCAAGUGAGGAAGCGGCCAGUAAUGCUGGGAAACGAAAACGGUGCCUGCUACGAAAAAACAAAAAGCCUACCUCCGCUCAAAAGAAUAACAAAGCGAAGGAAGUUAGCAGUGGCAGCAGUGAUGAAGAGAGUCGUACCCCUCGUCCGGGCCGCGUCCUAAAGCCCUCGCUCUAUGACGAGUUUGUGGCACUCAACCAAGGCACCAAGAAGCUGGGAAGGCUGCGGGAGUGUCGCACGCGAGUCUCGAAGACCGAACACGAGGUGCCCGACAGUACACUCACCUUCGUCACCGACAUCAAGCCCAAAUACGGCGCCAACGAGUUCGUGGCGGUGAACCCGGAGGCCGACUCGGAGGAGGAGUUCUACCUGGCCCAAUUGCGUGAGGACGUGUUUGCCAAGGUCCAGUCUGUGGUGCAUGUUCUGUGGCUGGACCGUGCGGGUGCGGGCAAGAAGUCCGUGUGGCAGUUCGAUGAGUAUGACUCCGUCCCAUGCGGCUCCAUCAUCUGCCGUGUCAAGCUCGCGGACGGAGAAGAUGACACGUUGGUACUCUCGGAAGCUGAGAGGCAAAAGGUGCUCACGCUCAAGGAGCUCGACUCGGAGGAAGAAGAGGCCAAGCAGGAGAUAGUAAAGGCUCGACAGUUGGCAGCUCCAGAGGUCGCUGAUGAAGGCGAAGAAGCAGAAGCCGAUGAAACUGCCAGCGAAGGGGAUGAGGAAGAAGGAGAGGCCAGUCCCACGAAUAGGAAGAGGAGGAGGAAGAAGUCAGCAGCGGUGAGCAAGGUCGAGGAUGUGCACCAAAAGAAGGCGCAGCUGAAGAAGACGCACAGUAAGCCGCAGAUCAUCAAAGUGGAAGAGGAAGAGGAGAAGCUGCUCGAGCGGCUGGAGAAGAUUGAGGAUCCCACCUUCGUGCCAGGCAAGGCGGUCAACGUCGCCCACCGCGGAGCCCGACGCCAGGCAGCCAAGAGGAGCGCCUCCAAGAGGGUAGGGACAGCGUCUGGGACCACCACCAGCAGCAGCAGUCGGAAGAGGAGGAAGGCCGAUGACGACGAUGGCGGUGAUGGCAGUGACGAGGGCGACGAAGGCUCGACGAAGCGGCCGCCCAAGCGUGCCCGUACCGCCGCACCAAAGAGAGGGAGGAAAGGAAAGCGCGUGGGCAAGCUGGACAAGUCGGUCAAGAAGAUCACCGCCGACUCCACAUUCGACGUGGCCGACGGCAAGCUCCGCGGUGAAUGCUGCACUCUGUGUAGUAGCCGGGAGGCCAUCCGCGCUGUCCUCAGCAACGAUCUACCUCUCCUCCAAGCGGUGGCAACGGACUCGGAGUUCGUGCAUUCCUUGUUUGUGCCACGGAGUGUUGAUGUGCCGCUGACAUGUGUCGAGUAUGCGAUUAAGGCCAACAACAUCGCAGCCCUCAAGAUCCUGGUGGGCGCCAUCAAGAACGCGCACCAGCACAAACGCGCCAGGCCUACUCGGACCAGCUUGAAGACCAUGGACACGGGCUCGUUCAACUAUCAUACCUACAACCACGCCGUGCGGAAGGUCGCAGCCUCCAGGGGCGGCAAGGAGGGCAACAAUGCAUUUGCUGCCGACUUUGGAGAGUACCUCAUCCGGGGCUACGAAACCGAUCCUGAUGAGGCUGGACAGCUGAUCAAGGUGAUACUGCAGUGCCCUGAAGUGCAGCAAGCGACCAUCGAAUGGCUCAUGAUCAAUUAUCCCGACUUCGAAGGGCUGAUCGCUGAUCACAUCUACCAAGCCGUCUAUGUGGGCAACAGGAAGCUGGCCGGUUUCUUCAUUGAAUGGUUCGAAAAGAAGGGCGGGUGGGGCUUCAAUUUCCUCCACAAGCAAGCCUUGCUCAACGAUGGCAAGCCCUUCGAUCAAUACAAGUAUAGACCCUUCCCCCCCACCCACCCACAAAAGCCUUUCUCGCUCUGCACGGCUGCCACACUGCCGGACGCCAAGAGUGACCCACUCAAGCUCCUGCUAGACCGGGGCGUCAGCCACCGGGAGGUGGAUCGGGAGGGCAGCACCUCGUUGAUGAUUGCCGCACAAUGUGGUCGUCUCGAUUCCAUCAAGCUGCUGCUUGACUGGGACAGCCGCAAGAUGGCGGAGGCGGAAAAGGAGGCUGAGGAAUCGGACAAGGAGCACAGCAGCGACGACGACGAGGAGGAGGAAGCGCCACGGAAGCAGCCCAGAGCCAAACUGGUGCCCUACAUCGACACCAAGUCCAAGGGCUCUCGCUUCACCGCGCUUCACUUUGCUGUGCGCAACAACCAGCCCGAGGCGGUCAAGCUGCUCAUCGAAAAGGGCGCCCACAUCGAAGCGCCCGACGUCAACCGCAUGACGCCCCUCCACCACGCUGUUGCGCUGGGCUUCGUCGAUGUUGCCAAGGAGCUGGUCGAAGCUGGCUGCAACAUCGAAGCUGCAGACAAGCUCAAGCGUACGGCCGUCAUCCAUGCUGCGCGCAACGGCCAGCUCGUCGCCCUAAACUACCUGCUCCGCAUGAGCGCCGCUGCUUGUUGUGCCGAUUCGUCAACGAACACGGCAGCCCACUAUGCAGCGGCAUUUGGCUGGCGGGCGUGUCUUGAGCUGCUCGUCGAAAAUGGCGCCGAUCCCAAUGCGCCCAACGACUGGAAGACGACGCCCCUGGCCAUCGCCCUGCAGAAGGGCCACCUGGCCUGCGCCGACUUCCUGCUAGAGCAGCCGAGCGUCGACGUCAACAUCCGCGACGACGACGGCCGCACUCUGGCCUCCCAGCUGAUGGACAUCGUGUGCGAGUCAUCACACAAGCAACUCCAAUACCUCAUCGAGAAGAAGAGCGCUGACGUCACCACGCCCGACACCAAGGGCCUCACACCACUGCACUACGUCGCACAGAACUUCGACCCGGUCCAGGCCGCGGCCGAGUUCAAGGCCGACAACGACAACAGCGACGCGGACAGCACCAGCCCUAGCGUCAAUGCGGGGAAGGACGACAUGGACGUUGACGGAAAGGACAAGGGUAAGGAAAAGGGCGAUGAUGAUAAAGAAGAAGUAGGCGAGAACGACGAGCCGAAGAAGAAGAAGAAGAAGACGUGGACGAACUGGAGCGUGGUGAUCGCGAAGAUGCUGAUCAAGCACGGAGCGGACGUGAAUGCACAGACCAAGGACAAGUCGACGCCGCUCAUGCUCGCCAAGACACGCGACAAUGAAGAGCUCCUCAUCCUCCUGCUCGACAAUGGUGCACAGAUAGCCGCCAUCCAUGUCCAGGAUCGCAAUGUACUGCACCAGCUGACGCCGCAGUUGAUGGAAAGGGACUUGUUGCCCCUGCUCGAGGCCAUCGCACGAAAUGUGGGCGAGCAGCGUUUCAAGGAGAUGGCCAGAGAGCUUGACGACGAGGGAUUCACGCCGUUCCUGCGCUUCGUCCAGCACUACGGCAUCUGGUCUCCCGACCACAAGGCGAAAGUGCCGUCCCGCACCAAGCAAGCUCCUCCGGUGGUGAAUCCCGAGGAGAGGAGGCGGCAGGAGAAGGCAGCCAGAGACAGGUUCCGUCGAUUUCUGGUUCGUUUCAUCGAAUUGGGUGCGGUGGACACGACCGCUCCGGUGCGGUCGACCAAGGCGUGGCGAGAUUGGAAAAAGGCAGACCCCCAGCCCAAGCAGUCCCCCGGCAAAUACUCCCUUACUGACGGGCGCCGUACGGCGCUGCACUUUCUCGUGAGCCAACCUGACCUGCUGUCCGACUUCAUCCACGAGUACAAGCUCGACAUCAACGCUCAAGACCGCAAAAUGGAAACUCCGCUCCACUUGGCCAUCAAUGGCGAUCGCCAGGAUGUCUUCAACAUGUUGCUGGCAGAGUCAUCGAUCAAUGCCAACGUGGCCGACAGUUUGGGCACACUUCCGCUUCACCUGGCCGUGAACAGGCAAAACCUGGCCAUGGUCGACGCCCUACUCCAGGCCAACACCGACGUCGAUAAAUGGCAGCGUGGAAGGGCGGCGCUACACACAGCCGUGGACUGCUGCAAUCUGGCCAUCAUCAAUUCCUUACUCCGGGCCAAGGCCAAUGUCAACAUUCAGGAUUCGCAACACAAGACGCCGCUACAUUACGCGCUUCAGCGCAAGAACAUGAACCUGGUGCGCAUCUUGGUCCAGGCCGGUGCAGAUGUCAAUGCCUCCGACAACAACGGCUCAAGCGGCCUUCACUACGCCGUCACCUAUGCCGAACCUGGCGCGGACGCCUCGUUCGAGAUUGAGGACUUCCUGCUGAAGAAAGGGGCCAACGUCAACAAGCGCGACAACCACGGCCGUGUUCCGCUGCACUACGCGUUCCUGAAAACGGGCAACCAGAAUACGCCCAUCGACCCGAUCGAGACAGUCUCCUCGCUCUGCGCAGUAAGGGAUCUGGAGAUCGACGUGGCCGACAACCACAAGCGCACGCCGCUGCAUUACGCUGCACAAAGGGGCGCCACCACUUGUUCGCUCCUUCUCCUCAAUCGCAAGGCCGGUCUGGAAAAUCAGGACGAGGACGGAAACACUCCGCUCGGUCUAGGACUCAAGAACGGCCAUGGCGACUAUGCCAUCGUGCUCCUCCAGAAGAACGCCAAUGUCAGGCAUCCGAUCUACAACGUGACUUGGGGCUUCGCACACGAUGAAAAUCAACGCCACAAGAGGGUGAUAACACACUCCACCUCGCGCUCCAUGUUCUACGAGGCCGUCAGUCGAGGAUGGCAGGGCGUCUCCUACAUGAUGCUCGAUGCCGGACUGGACAAGCUGACGGCGCUGACGGAUGCCAUCAACACGGGCAAGUUCCAGCUGGUGGUCACCCUCCUCUCCAAGACCCCGGAGGACGAAGUCGUCCAGGGCCUCGACGCCGACGACCGCACCCUCUUCCAUCAUCUCGCCAACUACUGCAGUGGCAAGCUCGACCACUGGGCACAGACUCUGGCCGAGAAGCUGGAAGAGCGCGGGGUGGCGAUGAAUGUGAUCGACAAACACGGCAGGUUGCCUCUCCACUACGCAUCGAAAAACGGCUGUGGCGUUCUCGUCGACUUCUUUCUCAAGCGAAGCAAGAGCGACGUCAAUCUCAUUGACGAGAACGGCAAAUCGCCUCUCGUGUAUGCCGUAUUGGGUUCCCACUUGCAGGUGGCGGAGCGGCUCAUGGCCAGGAAAGCCGACUGCAGUGCUCUUGAUGCGCGGGUGAAGCAGAAAAACCAAGCGCACGGCAGGCAUAACACGCCCGAAAAGAAGCAGAGGCGCCACGCCAAGGCUGCGGCUGCACUGUCCAAGGUCGCUCAGGAGACCCACCUCGUCAUCUACGCGAUGCGGGCGUCGCUUGCCGACCUCCUGAACCUGCUCCUGGCCAACAAGGCCGACCUCAACGCAAAGGACAGCCUGGGCAAUACGUGUCUCAUUUACGCCGUGCGCAACAACGACACGGACAUGGUCCACCUGCUCUUCACCAAGCGGCGUGGCGCCGCUAAGCCCGGCCCGUCGUCUUCGUCGUCUUCGUCAUCGGCACCGCCGUCGUCGUUGUCUCCCGCCGAGCCGGAGCUGAUGCUGGAGAACGAAACCGGGAUCGAUCCCAACGUGCAGGACGAGCAGGGCAAGACCGCACUGCACCACGUCGUGAGCCCGCUCGACUACGGGUCCUACGAAAAUGUGGCACUGCUCACCAUGCUCCUCAAGGCCGGCGCAGAUCCCAACGUCAAGGACAACCAAGGGCAUACUCCUCUUUACUAUGCAUUGCAACAGAGAGACGGGGUCAUGGCGGCGAGACUCCGUUCGCUGGGCGCCAAGCUGGACAAGAAGGAGGAGGCCAACCUCCCGCGUCAGGCGUCCUUCGUUCUCUCCGAUCAGUGGAUCAGCGACUACGGCAUCCCACCCGUGGAUUGGGAGCACGAUUCGGCGGAACUGCUCAACAACCCGCCCGAGCCCAGUGACGAAGAGAAGGCCGAGCAGCAAGAGAAGGCUCGCGAGAAGCAGAAGCACGCCCACCCCGUCGACAAGAACUUUGACCAGCGGCAGAACUCCGAGGUGUACGCUGAGAACAAGGGCGAGGUGUACGACGUGACGCUCACCACUGUCGACGUGCGUUACGGGACCCACGGCAUCAACAACUUUUACAAGAUGCAGGUCAUCCACAACAAGCUCAAGGACUUUUACAUCCUCUGGACCAGGUGGGGCCGCAUCGGGGACGUCGGACAAUACCAGCGCACACCCUUCCCAACAGCGGAGGCCACAGUCGAGGAGUUCAAAAAGAUAUUCAAGGCCAAGACCGGCAACUCCUGGGAGGACAGGGCCAACUUUGAGAAAAAGCCAAAAAAGUAUCACAUGAUCAAGCUGGAGACCAACAAGGAGAAGCUCGUUGCCAACCUGCUCAAGCCCUUUGACAUCGAACUGGAGGAUGAGGCGCAAGGCGGGGGCGCGGCCGCCGACGCCCACGCCAAGCCAUUGAGCGUCGCAUCACGAUAUCCGCCAUCGAAGCUGCCGCUGUCGAUUCAGCACGCCAUCAAGGCCCUCACCGACUCCUCCAUGCUCACCCAGGCCAUGCAGACGGAGGGCAUCGAUACGGAAGCGAUGCCGCUGGGCAGGCUCACCAGGGACGGCAUUGACGCGGCCAUGCAGAUCAUCGCCGACCUCCGCAAGCUUAUCCGCGAGGUUCCUAUAUGCGCCGCUCUACGUGGCCGUCAUAGCUACCACGAUGACAAAGAAGGGGAAGAAGAGGAAAAUGCUGUGGAGGAGGCCAAUGCAGAGGCGGAUAACGGAGCAAACGGAGAGGGAACAAAGAAGAAGAAGAAGAAGAAGGAGCUCACCCUGGAGGAGAUGCGGGAGCUGUACGAGGAGAUCGCGGAACUGAGCAAUCGGUUCUAUGAGCUGAUCCCGCACGCCGAGUAUACCAUCGAGUCCAUCCCUCCGCUCAACACCAACGACCUCCUCAACAAAAAGGCACAGCCCUCCCACGACCAUACGCUGUUGUCCAAUCUGGCCGAAAUUCGCACGGCGGCCAAGAUCCUGUUGGGGGCACACUACCGCGUGAAGGAGAUCAACCCGCUCGACUACUGCUACUCGGCCAUGCACAUCCGCCUGAGCCAGCUGCCCAAGGAGACGGACGAGUACAAGAUUCUUCGCCAGUAUAUCAAGCGUUCCUCCCCGAGCGUCUUCGUCACCAACAUCUACCACCUCCAGCGCAAAGGCGAACCUGAGAGGUUUCAGGAGAGGUGGGAGAAGGUGCCCAACCACCAGCUGCUGUUCCAUGGCUCGGCCCUGUCCAACUUUGUCGGCAUCCUGUCCCAGGGCCUCCGCAUCGCCCCUCCCGAGGCGCCCUUCAGCGGCUACGCGUUCGGUAAGGGAAUAUAUUUUGCCGACAUGUUCCAGAAGAGCUUCGGCUACUGCCGCAUGGGGCACACCGGCAGCAGGCACAGCCAACCGGAGAGGAAAAACACUGGAUUCAUGCUCAUGUGCGAGGUGGCCUUGGGCGAGAUGAACGCCAUCACGCAGGCCGAGUACAUGGAAAAGGCUCCGCAGGGCUUCCAUUCCACCAAGGGAAUCGGACAGCGCGGACCCGAUCCGAGCAAGACCAUUGUGGUGCCCAGCGGUGUGACCAUCCCUGUCGGUGAAAUCAUGCAGUACCCCAAGACUCCUGGCCACCACUACGGCCUCCAGCACAACGAUGAUAAGGACCCCAGGCGGUGCUGGCAAUCCUUGUGA